GAAUUCAUAGGCUGGCUGCUCGUUCCUUGAUCCAAUCUCUGGAAAUGGAGCAUAGGGAAAAGAAAGAUGAGAGCUUAAGAGAAAAGGUGGUGGAGCUCAGCGUGCAGUCGGGAGUGAGCAGCUCUUUCACUGCUUUCCUUGCCGUCCACAAGGGCAGUGGACAGCCAGUGAAAGGACCGUUGGUGAGGGAUGCAAUACCAGCAUCAUAUCUAGAAUAUGAUGAAGAGUACGAUUCACAUCCUGGACACCAAGGAAAGCCCUGUGAACUCUACAUACCAUCAAGUUGGCAUUCACCUGUAUGUGAAUAUUCAGUGAGGGCAUCCGCUUCACCACACUGCCCUGCCCAGAGGGAGCCCUACCUGGACCUGGUUUCUCUUCAGAAAGCGGCAGGGAACUGGGAUUUGGAGGCCAAACUCUUUGACGUGCUUGGCAAGACAGAAAAGGAACUGACCAAACAGAAGCCUCUACAGGUUUGUCAUAGACAGUGUUACUGA